GGAAGGCCCCGCACCCACGCAGCCAUGUUACAAUCAGGUUUCCCAUCGGAAACUGCAGAGACCAGAGGCCAGCGGCGGCCUGGACAGCUUCCAAGAGCACCGCGGACUUCCCAAGCGGCGGAAGGAGAGAGGUGUGUUUAGCUCACGGCUGUGAAGACAGCGGGUCAGACAGCACUCCCGAGGGCUUCAGAGCUCACAGCAGUGCACGAUUCCAGAGCCCGCGGGGCAGGAGACCAGCGCGGGAGCAAGACGCCGAGAGAGCUGGGGCCGGCACUGGCCCGUCAUUCCCUGGCUCUCCAAGGAGCUUAGGCAGGUCUGGGGCGUCUAGUAAGAGGCCUCCUGUCAGGUCCCUGCCACCCCCGCCCUGGGUAGGCCCGUGAAGAGGAGGAGCAAGGACCUCUGUGGCCGCCCAUGAACCUGGCCGCCCUGGCCACUCCCUGUACCCUGUGGCAGCACCAUCAACACAGCAGUUGGCUCCCAGCAGAGGUCAAAGGCCGAUCUGGGCUCCCAUACUAAGAGAACAGCCCGCACCUGGGGAGCACGGAGAGUGUGCUUAGAUUGUCCUGCCUAGUCCCUGGUGCCUGGGGGACUGGGGUGGGACAGGUAUAGCCAGAGGAGGCAAGAUAUCAACAAGACAGCCAUGGGGCUCCUGACCGGAGACGUCUUGGUAUCCCUGGCCAUGGCCAUGGCCAUCUUCCUGCUCCUGGUGGACCUGAUGCACCGGCGCCAGCGCUGGGCCGCACACUACCCACCAGGCCCCAUGGCACUGCCGGGCCUGGGCAACUUACUGCAGGUGGACUUCCGGGACCCACGGAGGAGCUACCACCAGCUGCGGUGCCGCUACGGGGACGUGUUCAGCCUGCAGCUGGCCUGGACGCCAGCGGUCGUGCUCAAUGGACUGGCAGCUGUGCACGAGGCACUGGUGACCUGCAGCGAGGACACUGCGGACCGCCCGCCCAUGCCCAUUUUCAACCACCUGGGCUUUGGGCCACGCUCCCAAGGGGUGAUCAUGGCGCCCUACGGACAGGCCUGGCGGGAGCAGCGCCGCUUCUCCAUGUCCAUGCUGCGCACCUUUGGUCUGGGCAAGAAGUCUCUGGAGCAGCGAAUGACUGAGGAGGCCGCCUGCCUCUGUGCUGCCUUCGCCAACCAUGCCGGACGCCCCUUUAGCCCCAACGCGCUGCUGAACAAAGCCGUGGGCAACGUGAUCGCCUCGCUCACCUUCGGGCGCCGCUUCGAGUAUGACGACCCGCGCUUCGUCAGGCUGCUGCACCUGACCAAGACCGUGCUGGAGGAGGAUUCUGGCACAGUGCCCUCGGUGCUGAACGUGGUCCCCGUGCUCCUGCGCAUCCCGGGCUUGGUGGACAAGGUCUUCUCUGGGCACAAGGCCUUUGGGGACAUGCUGCUUGAGCUAGUGACCGAGCACAGGAUGACACGGGACCCCACCCAGCCACCCCGAGACAUGACGGACGCCUACCUGGCCGAGGUGGAGAAGGCCAAGGGGAACCCUGACAGCAGCUUCAGUGAUGAGAACCUCUACUCGGUGAUUGGUGAACUGUUUAUCGGGGGGACGGUGUCCACGUCGGCCACACUGGUCUGGGCACUCCUGCUCAUGAUCCUGCACCCGGAAGUGCAGCGCCGUGUCCAACAGGAGGUAGAUGAGGUCAUAGGGCCGGCGCAGCAACCAGAGAUGGGGGACCAGGCACGCAUGCCCUACACCACUGCCGUGCUUCACGAGGUGCAGCGCUUCGCAGACAUCGGCCCACUGGGCACACCGCACAUGACAUCACGGGACACUAAAGUGCAGGGCUUCCUCAUCCCCAAGGGCACAGUGCUGUUCACCAACCUGUCAUCGGUGCUGAAGGACGAGGCCGUCUGGGAGAAGCCCUUCCGCUUCCACCCGGGACACUUCCUGGACGCCCAGGGCCGCUUCGUGAAGCAGGAGGCCUUCAUGUCUUUCUCCGCAGGCCGCCGCGCGUGCCUCGGGGAGCCCCUGGCCCGCAUGGAGCUCUUCCUCUUCUUCACCUGCCUGCUGCAGCGCUUCAGCUUCUCGGUGCCCGCGGGACAGCCCCGGCCCAGCGACCACGGCAUCUUUGCUACCCUGGUGACCCCGGCCCCCUACCAGCUGUGUGCUGUGGCCCGCUAGUGGGGGCACCGAGUCCCCAGCCCACCCCCAGCAGGGCCCUGAUGCACAAUAAAGCAGUCUCCUGGC